AUGAAAUUGACCACAUCAUCGUCAGUGAAAGGUUCUGUCAUUUCAUCGAGAAGGGGAAUUGAGAAAAUCAUCUGCGACUUCUACUCUGAUCUCUUCGACAGCCAUGUUCUCUUGGCCCCUCACCAUCCGAGGGAAGAUGGAAAUGUCAUUUCAGAGGUACGCAAGAUCCCUAAACAGUGGAAGACCAGCAAGACCGUGUUGUUGUACAAGAAGGGAGAUCUACAUUACAUCGGCAGUUUCGGCUUACUGUCCGUCAUCUACGGUAUCACGAGAGUACAAGAUCUCGAUACAGGCUCUGUCCCAUCGACUUGA